AUGAGUAAGGCAUCACCGGAGACUACUCAUCUGUUACACCAUGAUCCUUACGACAAAACAGAAAGGUCCGCAGCACAAAAGUCAUCUUGGAAGAACACUUUAUACAUCAUUUUUGCCACAGUUGUUUCAGUGCCAUUGCUGUAUCUGUUCUUAGUAUAUCUGCCCAACUUAGCUCCCGAGUCUGUGAGCGAGCUGCCAAUCAUUCGCAAAGUUGACAAAUUGGAUUUUUCGAACCAGUUGGAAGUACCACGGAGACUCAUUUUAAUCGGAGAUGUUCACGGGUCCUUAAAGCCGUUGAAGAAACUAUUGAGAAAGCUCGAUUAUAAUCCCAAGGGCAGUACAGACACAGUUCUUUUGCUAGGAGAUUUUAUUAGCAAAGGUCCCCAGUCUGUAGAAGUGGUUGAUUUGGCCAUCAAAAACAAAUUCCAGUGCAUUUUAGGAAACCAUGAGAUUAGCGUUCUGCAGAGAUAUAACCAAUUCCAUGGAUUAUCUGGUUUAAAGUACCGCAACAAUGAAAGUGACAUAGAAAAUUAUGAUUUACAAUCGGGUCAACUCUACCCAUUAGAUGAUGAAAUGAGGCUUGCAAAGCAAUUGUAUCCUAGACACAUUGAGUAUAUGGGCACUUGCCCCUUUAUUUAUGACUUGGGACCGGUACCUCGUUAUAAUAGGAAACAUACAAACUACAAGGAAACCGUUGACGGGGUCGCCGUUCAUGCCGGUCUCAACUGGAACGUUCAUGAACUGUAUGAUCAAGAUGUCACCGAGGUUACUGAAAUGAGAGCGAUGCUUCCCCCAGAUUUCUCAAAAGCUACUGAUGACAAAUCCAUUCCUGGUUCUGUUGGAUGGGCAAAGAUAUGGAACCAUUGGCAAAACAAUAUAACUGAUAGCGACGAUUUUGAUGGUUUAAAGAACCGCAAAGUUUACUAUGGUCAUCAUGCUAGCCGAGGUCUCAAUGUGAGACCGUACACCAUGGGAAUUGAUACCGCCUGCGUUAAGGGAGACCGACUUACCGCUGUUGUUAUUACUUACCACAAGGGUAAGAUAAGGGAGAAACUUGUUUCUGUUGGUUGCUGA